UAAAUAUAUAUAAAUAUAUAUAAUAUAAAUUGAUCUCAUUUAUUUACACAUAUUAUUCUUUAAAACUAAAUGAAUCAGUGCAUAUUAACAUACUCAAUUGUAUUAUAAUAGGUAGUCACAUUAAUGUACCUCUAAUUCAUAGUUGUCAUGUAAUGUAUCAUCAAUUGACAACAAGAAAACUGUAACUAUCAACUUAUUUGAAUGUCAAUUUAAACGAUACUCAUUCAACGAGACCUGAAACCGGAACCUUGGACGUACACACCUACACACACAGACACACACACAAACACUCGUCUUCAACAUUUUAUAUUUGCAUACAGAAGAAAAAACAAUCAUAGACAAAAUUGAGCAUUGAAUAUAUAUUCUACAAGUGUGCAUCAAAUUUAACAAUUUCAAUGUCUGGUGAUACAGAGGCUACAUUCAUUUUAUCUUUAGAUGAUGAUGAUGACGAUGAUGAUGAUAUCUCAACAGCAUCGCAUCGAACGUCAAACAAACCAGACACAACAACAGAUCAUUCCACACAGGAUACCAUAGUGGAAUUUUCUAUUUCAAUCAAUGAUGAUAACGCUGAAUUGAAAGUUGAUGGAGAUUCAAUGUCAUUGGAAGAACAGUUAGCUUGGUGUGUGUUCGUUGCACAAUUACAGACUUACUGGGAGUUGAAACUAAGAAUAUUAAGUCCUCGAUGUAUUUUGUUCGGAUCUAAAUUAAACAAACUUAAAGUUUUAGUCGUGAUUGUCAUAGUAAUUUUAAAACUAUUUUUGCCAUAA